AUGAGGUGGAUUGGUGUCUACGGUUCAAUUUUUCCCAAUGAAUUAUCUGCAACUGGAGUUGUAAUGACUUACUGGACCGAUAAAAGUCCUUCAAUAUUUAUCAAUACAUUUUCAGUUAUUGUAAUAGCAGUUAAUUGUUACAACGUGGCAUGUUUUGGUGAAGUUGAAUUCUGGUUUGAGAUGCUGAAACUUCUGUUAGUCAUCGCUUUAGUUCUUUCAGGGAUAAUUCUUGACCUUGGUGGUAUUAAAGAUCAAGAAAGACUUGGGUUUCGCUAUUGGAUAUAUCCUCGUCCAUUCGCCGCAUAUUUCGCUACUGGUAGUUUAGUUCGAUUCAUUGAUUUUUGGAAGGCAAUUACGACAGUGGUAUAUUCUUUCGGAGGUGUACAAACAAUGUUUAUUGUUUUUGCGGGUGAAGCCCUCUAUCCCCGGAGAACAACCUACAGAGCAGCUAAAAGAAUAUUCUUUCGUGCCUUCAUAAUGUAUUCAAGUCCUGUUUUUGUAUUAACCUUGAUUGUUCCAUAUAAUAAUCCGCUGAUUGCAAGUUCCACAGGUAGCGCUGCAGGCUCACCUUUUGUUGCUAUGAAAAGAGUAGGCGUGAAGGGAUUUCCUCAUAUUAUUAAUGGAGUUGUUUUAACAUCGGCCUUGUCAGCACAAAAUAAUGCUAUUGGUGAAGGUUCACGUUAUUUGUAUGUUUUAGCAGCGAAAGGGCAAGCUCUACAAAGUUUCCUUAAAGUUAAUAAGAAUAAGUUACCAUACGUUGCAACAAUAGCUAUUGGUAUGUUUUUGCCACUUGCCUAUAUGUCAGUUUCUCUGGGUGCAGAUAAUGUUCUUGGCUGGUUCACAAGUUUAAUACUGGCUUAUCUUUUGUUAAAGUGGAUUACCAUAGCUGUAAACCACAUAUUAUUGUCAAGAGCUAUGAGAAACAAGAGUAUUCUAGAGAUUUAUUACCUUAUAGAUUCAAAAUCGCAGGUUUCGCAUCUUAGUUCUCCCUUUUUUUGGUCGGUUAUUUUCUUGUUAACGAGUGAUUUUGCUAAUUUUCUUCAUGGUAACUUUGUAAUUUCGUCUUUCAUUAGUGCUUAUCUAAUUAUUCCAAUAAGUUUAGUGUUAUACUUUGGAUACAAAUUUAUCAAGAAGAUGAAGAUUAAAAAUUCAAGCAAAAUAAAAUUGAAACAAUUGUUUCAGCAUGUCGUUAAUAAUCCUGAGCCACCUUUCCCAAAGAAAAGACCUUGGGAAUAUAUAGCAGCGAUAUGGGAUAGAAGCUUGUGUUAUCUAGAAGUAGGUGAUGGUCGUGUAAGCAAUCUAUCAACUAUUAUACUAGAUGUUCUACUUAAUCUCUACCUCAAACAUGUAAUUAUAUUAUUCAUAGCCUCUUUAUAUAUACAAAUAUUAAGAUACAAGCUCAUUCACUAUCAAAUUCAAAUAUAA